AUGGCAAAAUUAACGCCACCUGUAUCUCCGAGUCCGAAGCAGAAGGAGACCCGCAGGCGAGGAAAUAAACAAUGCUUGUUCGGAGUACUGAGAAGUCAUAAAGAUUCACCGAGGCCAAGACUCGAUACUGGCAGGAGCUCAUUGAGAGACAGACCCACAGAUUCAAACAGUACUGUGUACUCUGGAGAUAGGCUACCAGCUGCCCACGCGAACUACGUUGAGAGAGGCAAGCUACCUUAUGGCUCACUUUCACUCAUUCUCUGUCAUCUUAAACUUGUUGAACGUGAAGCCUUGACGCAAGAAGCCCAAGGUCUGUGA